UGAAGCGGAAUAAACAUGGUGAUUUUAUUAAGAUUGAAGCCUGUUGAUGAUAAAACAGUUCGUUCUUACUUUGCAAAUGGAACGGAAUUAAUAAAUGUCACGGUUUCAAAUACCGCAUCAUGAUAUGAUAACACACAUCCGCUAAAUAUUCCUGAAAAUAAAACACAAAUGACAAGUUAGUAUUGACUUGUUUUUAUAAGAAAAAAGCGACUUUGAUUAAUUGCGCAGUAACUAGACAAAACAAGAUAUAUUCCUGAGAUACAUCUGAUAAUUGUUUUAUUGGAAGUGUGGACAUAUGCUCCUAGAACACCAUGGAUAGUUUUCUAGCAAACAUUGAUGCGGUGUUUAGAGUGUAUUUUGGAGUUUUAGUGAUAUGCGUAUCUUCAGCAACAGGUUUAAAUGAAAAAGAUCACGAGCGUUCUGUUCAGGCGGAUGGAUCUUUAUGGGCAUUAUGGUGGAACUACAAUGGCUUCUCUGGUCCUGGCAUGUGGGGAAGCAUGAACACAGAAUGGUACAUGUGCAGCAAGGGCAAGAACCAGUCUCCAGUUAAUAUAGAACCCCGAGAAUUACUCUUUGAUCCUGCGCUGAAGCAUAUAGAGUUCCAGGGGGAAAUGAUAACGGGUACUGUGAUCAACAACGGAGUGGACCUUACAGUGGAUGUGAACAACACGGGUCAAUACAAACCAGUGAAUAUCUCACUGGGUCCUCUCUCUUACACCUACACAAUUGCUCAGAUCAAGCUGCACUUUGGGUUCUGGGACGGACAGGGGUCGGAACAUUCGGUAAAUGGGGAGUUCUUUGAUGGAGAGGUUCAUAUAAUAGCCUACAACUCCGACGUGUAUAGCAACCUUACACAUGCUCAUAAGUCACCAAGGGGAGUUGUGAUAUUAGCAGCGUUUUUACAGAUAGGACGGAGGAGUGAUACAGAAUUCAGUAUUAUUACAGAGUUGAGCAAGCUAGUUCUUUACAAAGGCCAGAGGGCGAGGUUAAAGAGUCUUGACAUCAUAUCGAUGUUGCCAAAAACAGACAAUUAUAUCACGUACGAGGGUUCGUUUACCCAGCCAGGCUGUUAUGAGACCGUCACGUGGAUCGUUCUGAAUCGACCAAUCCAAAUAACGACGGAACAGAUGGCGAAUCUACGAGAAUUGCGCCAGAGGGACAUUGCUUAUCCGCAGGCCUUCAUGGCAAACAAUAGGAGGCCCGUCAUGCCUUUAAACAGGCGAACCUUGAGGACCAAUAUCAACUUUAAAAAAGGUUGUACCAUGGAACAAGAUAUGCAUUACCAGUAUAAUUCUCAUUUGCGGGUGAAGAAGUAGCGAACCAUUUUAUACAGCUCAAACAAUAUCCAACAGCAUUUCAAUAACUGGUAUGGAAGACAAUAGCCCUAUGGCCUUCCGGUCAUGAAUAAAAGAAGACUCGACGUGGAACCAAGAAGAGAUCGUCGCGGACAACGCUUUUAUAAAAAUGAAUGAUGAGACUCGUAUCAGUAUGGAUCAAAGACUUAUGUUAAGUCUUACCCGUAACGACAGGUUUCCGAGUGAGCAGUUUUCAAGGAGGAUUAAGACAUGCCAAACACAGUCAAAUGGACAGGCAAAGCAAAAACUUGGAACUGUGGGAAAACAUGUUUAUAAUUCAAUGGUGACCACAGAAAAAUUGUAUGGUUGCAAAAUACUACGUAACACUGAACGUUACACAGUCUAUGAUCACAAUGAACCAAAUAUACUGAAAUACUUUCCGUUACGCUAGAAAGCAUAUACCUGAAAAAUUCCGUUACACGUAUGUUACAGAAUCAACAUCAACAAAAACAUAUUGUUUAGGUUGUGUUUCUCAAAAUCAAUUAAGGUUGGUUAUAUCUAUUAAAUGUAUUGAUAUAAUGUGAGCUAGAUCCAGGCACAUUAAUGAAUAUUUGACCUGAACUCAUAGUUUGUCAUAAUUAAAUGCAGACUGAGGAUUUAAUUGUUUCUUUUAUGGCUUGUUAUAAAAUCAAAAGUUAUGCAAACUCUGCUUUUUAUUAUGUUGCUGAAAGAUUACAUUAUUACAUUUAAAAAAUAAUAAUUGGAUUUCAAAAUCACAGAUACGUAUGCAAUUUAUUAACAUGUUUGAGCAUUCAUUUCAGCUUUAUGCUUUUAAACUUGCAUGAUAUUUAAACUUGCAAACGAUCAAAAUUAAAUAAUGUUUUGAUAUGAUAUACUUUCAACAUGUCACGUGAUCGUCGUUAGAAAAUAUAUUUAUUUCUUAUUACACUGCUAUACUUGUUUAAUCUCAACAUGCAUAUAUGUUAAGUUUUGUAAGACCAUCAUGUACAAAAAUGCCCUCUAUGUUUGCGUAAAGUGGAAUUGAUCAACUGAUGGAUUCAAACGAUGGUGUUAAUGUUAUAAUCGUUAUUGCUAUAAAGGAAUAAAUACUGGCAUCUUGAUUCAUCGAGUGAUGUCAAAAAAUUGAAUGAUUUAUAGAUUACAGCUGUGUACGUUUUUUUUGUAAAUAAUGAGUUGCAUUGCAAAA